AAGUAUUGAAGAUUUGUGUAACUUAAGAAUAAAGAUGAUUUUCGGUGGAAACUAAACAGGUUGUCUGCUUGGGGAAUUUUGUUGUUGGAGGGCGUGUUGCUGUUCCAUCCAGCUCCUCCUCCUACGGGAAUAUUUACCUGCUCUCCUCGGAAUCCUCACACAUUCAGCACGCUCACCUGACUGACUCCUUCUGCUCUUUAGACACAACCUGCAGGUCUGAAAACAUACAUCAAAGGAACUUCGAUACACAGAGAGGACAUUAAGGACCAAAAAGUCACAGAAGUUUUACCUGAAUUUCAUCUCAAGGAGCAAAUCCUCCAUCAACAAUGGUGUCUGCGGGGUUCCAGAUCCUGGGCACUGCUCUGGGAAUCAUUGGAUGGAUUGGUGCCAUUAUUAUUUGUGCCCUUCCCAUGUGGAGGGUCACUGCUUUCAUUGGCAGCAACAUCGUGACCGCACAGACCAUCUGGGAGGGUAUCUGGAUGAACUGUGUUAUGCAGAGCACAGGCCAGAUGCAGUGUAAGGUCUACGACUCCAUGCUGGCCCUCAGCUCCGACCUCCAGGCCGCUCGGGCCCUCACGGUUGUCGCCAUCGUGAUGGGCAUUAUGGCCAUCCUGCUUGCUGUGGCUGGGGGUAACUGCACCAACUGUGUGGAGAACCAAGCAUCAAAAAAUAAGGUGGGCAUCACAUCUGGGAUCAUGUUCAUCAUCGCUGGAGUCCUCUGCCUUGUCCCCGUCUGCUGGACGGCCCAGACCAUCAUCCGGGACUUCUACAGCCCUCUCACAGUCGAAGCUCAGAAAAGAGAGAUGGGUGCUUCGCUCUAUAUCGGACUACAGAUCUUAGGGAUCCUGCUGAGCUUCAUCGGCUGGCUGGGCACCAUUGUCGCCUGCGCCCUGCCCAUGUGGAGGGUCACGGCGUUCGUCGGGGCGAACAUCGUGACGGCACAGAUCAUCUGGGAAGGCCUGUGGAUGAACUGCGUGGUUCAGAGCACGGGGCAGAUGCAGUGUAAGGUAUACGACUCUUUGCUGGCCCUGCCCCAGGACCUGCAGGCUGCCAGGGCCAUGGUGAUCAUCUCUAUAAUCAUCGGGGUGUUCGGCACGCUCAUGGCCGUGGUUGGAGGGAAGUGCACCAACUGCAUAGAGGACGAGGCAUCUAAAGCUCAAGUCUGCAUCGUGUCUGGUGUGAUUUUCAUCAUCGCUGCCGUGCUGAUUCUAGUCCCGGUGUCUUGGUCAGCUCAUGUGAUCAUAAUGGACUUUUACAACCCCUUGGUGAUCGCUGCACAAAGACGGGAGCUCGGUGCUUCACUUUACAUCGGUUGGGGCUCGGCCGGCCUGCUCCUGAUGGGAGGGGCUCUGCUCUCCAACAACUGCCCCCCAAAAGACAGCAGAUCCUACACGUCUGCCAACUUCAUCCCUGCAAGAAGCGCAUACUCAAUUGUGAACUAUGUGUGAGUCUCUCAAUUACAAAAGAUUUUGGUCACAAAAGUGCUUUUGUAAGUCACGUAUUUACAGUUUUUUAAUGUACUUCAUGAAUGUGAUUUGCUCAAAUGAUGCAUAAAGUUUUUUAAAAAUCACAAAAUUCCCCAAAUGAGUUUCAAAAGCGAGUAAUAAAUGGUGUUUGUCAAUACAGCUGCCUUUGUCUUCUCUCACCUUUGUUCUGAAUCUAAGCAAAACUGAAAAUGUUCUCUUUGUGAGAACAACAACCCCACAGGAAUUCAGGGGAAUAAACGUCUGUACCAGGUUGAGAUGUUUCGAUUGUGUAAUAGAUUGCCUUUUGGGCUUAUUUGGGUGAUUUAGAGUUUCUGUCUGGAGGAAAAUGGAUGUGACCCACACAGACAAUGGUGCUCUGUCCGAGCUUGGAUUCAUGUUGCUGAGGAACCGCUUUAUAUGUGCAAAGAACGAAUAUUUACUUUGCCUGGAUAGAGAACGUCUGACCAGGGUAUGAGACCUA